GUCUAGGUACCUAAUAUAUAACAAAUUCUCGAAAAAGGAUGUGACCCUUUAACAGAGCUGCCGUGCAAUACGCCGAGAUUGCUCCUCUGAAACUGCUAUAAUCAACUUGAUGACGUAGCUACCAAGAUACCAAUCUCGAAAUGUCUUAACUGAACCAUGGGAAUAAGGCACACGCGCAUAAGCUGCCUUCAUGCAGUGGCCUUACUAAGACACAUACGUAGAUCCGCCCCGGGGAAUCGUGGGGAGCUUACACUGGAGCUCUCCCAAUCCACUUCAUGACUUUAGUAUGAUGUCAGGAUUAUAGCCAGCAAUUCAGCUUUAUUGUUCAAGACAUUGACGUAUAUCACUUUGAGACUUAUUACUAAAUUACGGAUUAGGAAAACUAGUCAAGUAUUAUCAUAAUAAUAAGAUUAUACACACUCAAAUUGUCGAUAGAUAUCGUAAGAAGAAAUUAGCCAUUUCAAGACUCCGAAGCUCCCGUCCUCAUACCUUAACUCCGGCAGACCUCAUUCUCGCUCGCCAUGGCUACCGCUAAGUGUAAUACCCUAAACGUCUCUACAAGAGACGUUGCUGGGUAUCUUCCGAUUGAGAAUUAUGGCAUGAUUGGGAAUAUGAGAACUUGCUCGUUGGUAAGCAUGGAUGGGAGUAUAGAUUUCAUGUGCUGGCCAGACUUCGACUCUCCAUCCGUGUUUGGCCGUCUCCUGGACAAGCACAAGGGGGGCUACUUUAGUAUAGCCCCCCCUGAGCCCGCAUCAUGCACAACCAAGCAGCAAUACCUCCCAUCGGCCGCCAUCUUACAAACUCGCUAUAUUAACGAAGAUGGCGUCGUCGACGUUGUGGACUUUUUCCCCCGUCCCAAGGAGUCUACCGUUCCGUCUACGAAAUACAAGCACAGUGCCUAUCGCGAGGCCAGGAGCGUAUACGAAGAGCUGAAGAAAUGGCUAGUUCGGCGAGUCGAGUGCAUCCGCGGUCAGAUGUCAUUAGACGUGGACGUCUUCCCAGCGUUCGACUAUGCAAGGGAGUCUCACACGACUACCAUACUACAAAAAGUGUGUGGAGUUGAUAGUCCCCAGAGCAAGACUGUCACUUUCCACAGCAAGGACCUAAAUCUUCAACUCGAUGUGACUAUCGACUGCGGCGGCGGAGAGUUAGAUACUUGCCCAACCCUUCUUUUCAAAAAGGUGCAGAGAGAUGGUAUGAAAGGCGAGGGGGUUGUCGCCAAUUUUACGCUGCAAGAGGGCCAGGCGAUUUCAUUCGUUAUUCGAGAAGAUAAACCAAACCACGUUACGGAGAACAUCACAACUACGAUCCUCGAUGCUCAACAACAUAACACGCAGGCGUACUGGUUUAAAUGGCUCUCUAAAAGCAGUUAUAAGGGCGCCUGGCGCGAGGUAGUCAUGCGAAGUUUCAUGAUAUUAAAAUUAUUAACGUACGAGCCCACAGGAGCCAUAGUCGCGGCCCCUACAUUCUCAAUACCCGAAGCGAUCGGUGGAGUUCGAAACUGGGAUUACCGUUUCUCCUGGGUCCGAGAUUCCAGCUUCACAAUCUACAUCUUGCUACGGAUGGGGUUUACGCAAGAAGCGGACGCUUAUAUGGAGUUCAUCAGCGGAAUACUGCAGAAGACUACGGCGAAGGGCAGCGAUCUACCGAUCAUGUUUACCAUUAGGGGCGAGACCGACAUACCGGAGCAAGAGCUUGACCAUCUCGACGGCUACAAAGGUAGUAGACCGGUCCGAAUCGGCAAUGGAGCUGCAUUCCAUAAGCAAUUCGACACAUAUGGCGAACUGAUGGACGCCAUAUAUCUUUACAACAAGUAUGGAAAGCCUAUAUCAUGGGACACUUGGGUUUCGGUUCGCAAAAUGCUUGACCACGUUCUAACAAUACUUCACGAACCGGAUAUGUCGAUAUGGGAAGUCCGCAACCACAAGCAACACUUCGUCUACUCGAAAAUAAUGCUCUGGGUCGCCCUCGACCGAGGUGUCCGCCUCGCCGAGAAGCGCUGUCUCCCAUGUCCCAACCGCGGAAAGUGGCUCGCGGCUCGAGACGCUAUUUACGAAGAAGUCAUGGAGAAAGGCUACAACACAGAAAUGGAAAGCUUCAUCCAAAGCUACGAAAACAACACCAUCCUCGACUCCUCGAUCCUAAUCGCGCCCCUAGUCUUCUUCAUCACCCCCAACGACCCGCGCUUCCUCAACACCGUCGACCGCAUCCUUCUCGCGCCAGAGAAAGGCGGGCUAACGAGCGCAGGCCUGGUCUACCGGUAUAACACGGAGCUCGCCAACGACGGCGUCGGCGGCCACGAAGGCGCAUUCAGCAUGUGCACCUUCUGGCUCGUCGAAGCGCUAACCCGCGCAUCGGUCUACGAGCCGCGGUACCUCGAGCGCGCCGUCAACCUCUUCGAGAACAUGCUCAGCUUCUCGAACCACCUGUCCAUGUUCUCCGAGGAGAUCGCGCGCAGCGGCGAGCAGCUAGGCAACACGCCCCAAGCCUUUAGCCAUCUGGCCCUCAUUAGCGCCGCCUUUAACCUCGACCGCGCUCGAGACUACGCGAGGAGGUGAGGAUCGAAGAAUUGCGGGUGACGCUAGAUUGGUGCUUCUGUGGUAAUGUCGCACUGGGUGGCGGCGGAG